AUGGAAGAGUCAUGGUCGUCGGGCGGUGGGCCGCUGCUGCGUACGAGGUCUUUGCCUUUGGUGCUAGAGGCCAGCGGCGGUGUGCCCGCUCGCCAGACAAAGCUAGACCCUCGGCAGUUAUUGACUCUCACCCGACAUUACUACCCCGAGGGAGGCUGGGGCUGGGGGGUUGCUAUAGCUGCGACAAUAGCCCAGCUUCUUGCUCACGGCUUGCACCAGGCUUCUGCAGUGAUCGCUGUAGAAGCUAUCAAACGGUUCGGUCCGGAGGUGCAAAUGCAAGCAGGUAUGUGCAAAGUAACCAGAAUCAACAUAUCAAUCAGGGGCCAUACCAAAUGUUGUGAAUUACUUUUCCUUAUUAGUGUUGCUUGUAAGAGAUCGCUUGAGAGCUAUAGGCGGCCGUGUAGCCACCUAACAAUGCCAUAA